AUGUCAUCAAUUUUAAGAACCAAAUGCUUAAUCAUUGGUGAAUCAACUGUUGGAAAGACAUCGAUAACCAAAUUACUAACCAAUACUGUGUCAGACAUUUCCAAUGGUUAUCGUAUGACACGAGGUAUUGAAGUAUCGGUUAAAAAGUUUAGGACACAAAACAAUGAGUCAGAAGUCGAGCUUUUUCUAUACGAUUGCUCCGGAAAACAGUUUUAUCAACCAAUUUAUGAGACAAUACUAUCACACAAUAUAUCAACAAUUGUGGCCGUCUUUGAUGUAACUAAUGAACAAACACUCAACUCAUUGCAUCAAUGGUUAACCAAUACUCUGAAGACAAUUUCAAAAGAUAGUGUCAUUGGAGUCAUAUUAGGAAAUAAAAUAGAUUUAGAAGAAAGAGUUAUUGUUAGCAAAGAUGAGGCACAUCUGUUGGCAAAGAAGUUCAAAAUGAGAUAUUUUGAAACCAGUGCUAAACAUAACAUUGAUACAGUAUUUAUUAAAUAG